CUGUGGCUCAAAGUGAUGGAGUCCUAGCCUUGAGCCAAAAAGCUGAGGGACAUUGCCCAAGCCCAGAGUUUAACCCCUAGGACCAACCAAAAAAAAAAGAUUAAAAGGCAGUGGAGUCCAGCAGAGGGGUUUGUAGCCACUGUGGAGGCUUUUCAGGAAAACAGAAUAGCAAUCCUUGAAUGGCAUAGACAGGGGAAGGGGAAGACCUAUGGGCAUUCCAGGCAGAGUCAAUAGCAUGAGCCAAAGCUAGGGAGCAAUGGAGUGAGUGGGGCUGGUGGCUAAGUGGCUGUUUGCUCAGGCUGGUAACAAAGUAUCAUAAUCCAAGUACUUAAACCACACAAAUGUAUCAGCUUAUAGUUCAGCAAGCUACAAAGUCAAUGUAUCAACAGGCUCAGUUUCUUUAGAGGGCUGUGAGGCCUUGGCUUAAGAAAGCCUGACAUCACUUUCUCUCUGACAACCAGCCAUGCCAGCGAUGUGCAGAAUAUCCAGAGAUGAUGUCCUUGCUUAGCCCUGAGCUACAUACUCUGUAUUUAGCUAUCCACUUUUAGGUUACCCACAUACCUAAUGCCACUAAUGCCAGACUCUUUGAAUUCAUCCACACCUGAUUACCACCCUACCCGCUCAUCUCUUCUAGCAUCAGCUGUGUCCUUCUAGUUGCUCAAGCUAAAACCCAGAUGUCUCCUUGACUCUCCCUUUCUCAUCCCCUACAUCCAAGCUGCUAGCAACUUCUGACUCCAACUUGAAGUCAGUAGCCCUACCACCAUCCUGUAUCGGCGUGUGCCAGUGAGCAGAGUACUGGACUCCAUGCAUAGGGAGAGGGGCUUUACAUGCAUUCCUGUGUUCUUGAUAUUGUGUGUGUGUGUGUGUGUGUGUGUGUACAUGCGUGCACAUAAAAAGCAGUCGUAGGAGCCAGAGCUGGAUGGAAUGUGGUUACAGGGACCUUUGGGUCACCCAAGCCAACACCUGCACUGACCAGAGAAAUGUCCAUGUGGUCCAGGUACUUGAGUAUCUCACACUACCCCUAAUACAUGUGACUCCUUCUUAUCAUCCCUGCAGCCUGUCCUCAAACAAGGACCCAAUGCCCAACCCUAGGCCAGUCAAACCCACGGCCCCUUCCUUGGCCCUCGACCCAUCCCUAGUAACCUCUUCCAGCUGGAAGGCUGCACCCAGGACCUCUGAUCACCUGGGGGCCAGAGGCCCUGGAGGAAUCUUCCAGGGUUGGGACCUGCGAGAUGGGGCCUAUGCCUCCUCCUCGAACCCCCUGCCACCAUCACAGCUGCAGCUGCCCACAGUACCUCUAGUCAUGGUGGCACCUUCUGGGGCCCAACUGGGCCCCUCACCUCACCUGCAAGCACUUCUCCAGGAGAGACCACACUUCAUGCACCAGCUCUCCACAGUGGAUACCCACACCCGGACUCCUGUGCUACAGGUGCGCCCACUGGACAGCCCAGCCAUGAUCAGCCUCCCACCACCCACUGCCACCACUGGGGUCUUUUCUCUCAAGGCUCGGCCUGGCCUGCCACCUGGGAUCAAUGUGGCCAGUCUGGAGUGGGUAUCCAGGGAACCAGCCCUGCUUUGCACUUUCCCAAGCCCAGGUGCACCCAGGAAGGACAGCAUUCUUUCAGGCACACCCUCAGGGCUCUACCCACUGCUGGCAAAUGGUGUUUGCAAGUGGCCUGGAUGUGAGAAGGUCUUCGAGGAACCAAAUGACUUUCUCAAGCACUGCCAGGCAGACCACCUCCUGGAUGAGAAGGGCAGAGCGCAGUGUCUCCUCCAGAAAGAGGUAGUGCAGUCUCUGGAGCAACAGCUGGAGCUGGAGAAGAAGAAACUGGGUGCUAUGCAGGCUCACCUGGCUGGGAAAAUGGCACUGACCAAGUCAGCUGUGGAACCAUCAGACAAGGGCUCCUGCUGCAUUGUAGCCUCUGGCACCCAGGGCAGCACCGUCCCAGCCUGGUCAGGACCCCAAGAAGCUUCAGAUAGCCUGUUUGCUGUGCGGAGACACCUCUGGGGUAGCCAUGGAAACAGCACCUUCCCAGAGUUCUUCCACAACAUGGACUACUUCAAGUUCCACAAUAUGCGGCCGCCUUUCACCUAUGCCACCCUCAUCCGCUGGGCCAUCCUGGAAGCUCCUGAGAAGCAGCGGACACUCAAUGAAAUCUACCGCUGGUUCACACGCAUGUUCGCUUUCUUCCGAAACCACCCUGCCACCUGGAAGGUGAGUGCCUCUGGAGGUGCUGGUGGGCUGGGGUGGUCUCAAGUACCACCCCAGCACAGCAGCAGGCAGACAUGGGGCUGGGCUCUCAGGCAUAUGGGAAAGAAGCAGGAAGUUGGGAAUGACUGGAUCUGUUACCAUCAGUGGAUCACUGAUUGCCUGCCCUGGCUCUGGCCCUGGCUGGCUGGUCCUCCUUCCACAGAAUGCCAUCCGCCACAACCUGAGCUUGCACAAGUGUUUCGUGCGGGUGGAGAGUGAGAAGGGAGCUGUGUGGACCGUGGAUGAGUUUGAAUUCCGCAAGAAAAGAAGCCAGAGGCCCAGCAGGCGCUCCAAUUCUACUCCUGGCCCCUGAUCUCACAAACAUGGAAAGGAAGAAAGACAAAAGAGGGGCUCAAAGGGGGGGAAAUGAUGGGGGCAGGGAGGGGCAGACCUUGGACAUACCUAUAGAAACCAGGAAGGGAUGUAUCCACAACCUUGCCUUCCAGAGUGUCGGCUCCCCAAGCUGGCUGCCAUCCUGGAUCUUAUCUUCUACCCCAACACUGCUCAGAGGAGCGCCAGUCCAAGUCUAGCCCCCAAACCCCACCCCAGCAUCCAGACGUGGACCCUCCAGCCAAACAGAGACCUUGAACCCAGCCAUACACACAGCCUGCCUCAGAUACUCACAGAUGGCCUCAGGGUGGGAAAAGUGACAGACACAGGAUCCUCCCACCAAGCCCUCAAUAAAGAGCCAUCUUGGGUACCCUCAAAUACCCCCAAAGCUACAUAGACACAGAUAGACUGGUCCAACUCACAGACCCAAAGCACCCACCCACCCAAGCUCUGCACCCACAGGUAUGGCAUCACACAGAAGCAGCAUCAGUACCCUCAGGACCACAGGUCCUAGAAAGCCACACAGACACAUAACCGGUCAUACACAGUCUCAUGCAGCUCCUAAUACAUAUGCCCAGUCACAGACCCAGACUGUAGAACUCCCCUGCACAUCUCAUACAAUGUGCACACAUGAGCCCCCCACCCAGUCCCAU